CAUCCGCCACAAGGAGGUGCCAGCCAUUUGCUUGGCUACCUCUCCCCCAACCCCACCCGGUUCCCAGACAUCUGCAAAUGGCCUCUUGGCUAGCAGCCCUACUGGGGAGAAAGAACCUGCAUUUCUCUGCAUUUCUGAAAUACAUUACAUAUAAUCCUGACAACAGUACUGUGAGCUAAACAGGUGCUGUGUUAUCUGAAUCUUAUAGAUGAGAAAACUGAGACAGAGUUUAAAUGACUUGCCCAAAGCCACAGAGAAUUAUUUCCAGAUUUGUGAUUUGACCUUCAGUUCUCUGCUCAGACUCCACUAUGCUACUCUUCUCAUAAAAAGAAUAAACUUGGUAGCUAGUUAUGAAAUUUUUUAAAAUGAAAGGGAAGAGCUGCUGGGGGGCUUGUGCCUGUGUGCGCGUGCGGUUCCUAUACAAACUUAGAAAUGCCCAGAUGAGGUGAUUCUUCUUUCUCUACUCCCACCAAAUAUGUACCUUCCUAGAUAUUUCCUUGCACUAUUAGCACUCCACUUGGAUUACUUUUACUUCACUUGCACCUGAAAUUUUGGAGAGGAGGGGAGAGAACAAUGACAUCAACAUAAAAUAAUCUUAGAUAGAAUUAAGUAAACUAGGAUCUAGCUGAAAUUUUGCCAUACAUGCCAAAAAAAUAAACAAACAAACCCCAAACACCUUAUUACACUUACUUCCAGCGCUUCCAAUCAGUAUAAUCUGAAUUUUUGUUUCGUCUGGAUGACUGGAAAGUGGUUAUUGAAUUAGAGUAGUCUUCCUUUUCAGACAUUUCCUAUCAUAUUUCAUGAGACAUCUAAUGUGAGCACCUGGGACUGACUAUUUUUGAUUUGCUAGGUCUAGAAUCAGAUAUUAAAAUUUGUAUUUCAGGUAACUUAGUUGUUUAAUGAAUCAAUUUGUAAAACGAUAUAUGUUUGCUUCCACUGACUUACAAGAUACUAUUGUAUGUGUUAAUCAGAAGAUAGCUGUAUCUUUGAUCUUAUUGAGUACUUGUUUAUUUCUUUUCUUGGGGGAUGGGUGGAGGACUCCUUUGUUCCUGUGCAAGAAGCGCAAGGAUUUUCCCUCAGUCCUACUUCGCAGCCAUCCUUCCUGAGGAGAACUAGAUGGAACUCUGCGUAGCCUGUCAAUGCCUCAUUAUAAUCAGAUGUGAAAAAUGAUUGAGCAUUGUGAGCCACACCCCUCCACUCCCAGGAGUAACCUUGGCACAGAAAGUAGUAGUGUGCCAAUGAAGGGUGCCAAUGAUGCAAAGCUGGGAAGCAUCGUCAAUACAGAGGAGGAUUGGAAUAUUAUACAGGAAGAAUUGGAUGACCUUGAGGCAUGGAGACAAAUAAAUUGGAUGAAAUUUAACAGUACUUAAGAGCCUAAUAACAAGAAUUUCAGCUAUAAACUGAGGCUCAUUACUUGAAAGCGGUGGAGGAGAAAGACAUGAACCGUAGGAAGACUGAGUCACCAAUGUGAAAUGGCUGUGGAAAAGCCUCCAGACGUGAAUAAUUAAAGUUCUGAAAAGAUGCUGACAACUUUAAAAAUCACCCCUAAAGACCAUGUCACUGAGUUUGGCAAGGACAGAUUUCACGUUUAUAGCAAUGUGCUGUUCUGUACUGGAUGCAACAAGGCUGUAGAUCGUUUGAAUGCAGACAAUUUUAGAACACAUGGAAAGCACUAAACAUAAGCUAAAUGAAAAUAAACUAAAGCAAGAGGCUGAAACAGCAGGGCCAUCGAUGACCGUAAAGAAACUUCACUGUGACUGGAUCAUUCUAGCAUUUUACAACUGUCAGAGAACAGCAUGAAACUGUCACUUUCAGAUUUUGUUCAAAUGUGUGUAAAAGGCGUUCCUCUGCAUAAAAUUGAUUUACCUGUUGUCCAAGAUUUUUUGAGCAAGCAUGUUGAGAGGUAAUGCCAUUCCCAAAUCAGAUCAAUUGUAUUCCCGUUAUUUACCAACUCUCUUUGAAGAGGACAUACAGCACCUUCUCAAUGACCUGAAAGGAAACUCGAUUGCUGUGAUCGAAAAAAUAACCGACUUAAUUUCAUGGCUGGAGCAUCUUACAUCAUCAACUGAUAAUGUGAAUGGAUCUGCAGCUGCUCAAAGCGCUGCUGAUAAACUGAGACAGUACAACCUAAAAAAUAAACAACCAGCAAUUGACUUUCUCCAUGCUGUUCAUGAAUUGGCUCCUAAACAAAUAGUUGCUGCUUCUACAGAUUAUGAAACUGAAACCACAAUUAAAGCUGUCUGAAGAAUGCAACGUGGAAUGGCUAGUGUAUUUAGGGAUUGCCAAAGACGUGUUUGGAAACAUUGACGAUCUCAUUUUCUGAUGUGUGGCUGUUGAAGAUCGCGUUCCCAACCUGGCAAAACAUGCAGAGGUUCUCCUCCAACUUGACUGUAUAUUCAGCUGACAUGGAACGAAGUUUCAGCCAACUUGGGGUUCUUUUCUGUGCUCAGCACCAAUGUCUGAAAGACGAAAAUGUGGCUGGAAUGCUGCAACUCUAUUUUAACAACCAGGACUAAUUCAUAAAUGUCUGAGCAACACCCCUCCACUAACAGAAUACUUCCUAAAUGACAAAUAUCAGGACGAGCUAAAUUUUGACAAUCCUUUAGGAAUGCGAGGUGAAAUAGCAAAAGCUUAUGCAGAGCUCAUCAAGCAAAUGUGGUCAGGAAAAUACAGCUAUGUCACACCAAGAGCAUUUAAGACACAAGUGGGACGAUUUGCACCUCAGUUUUCUGGAUAUCAGCAACAAGACUGUCAAGAACUUCUAGCUUUUCUCUUAGAUGGUUUACAUGAGGAUUUGAAUCGGAUUAGGAAAAAGCCUUAUAUUCAAUUAAAGGAUGCAGAUGGAAGGCCGGACAAGGUGGUUGCUGAGGAAGCCUGGGAGAACCAUUUAAAAAGAAAUGAUUCCAUCAUUGUAGAUAUAUUUCAUGGUCUUUUUAAAUCCACCCUUGUUUGUCCUAAAUGCGCUAAGAUUUCUGUAACCUUUGAUCCCUUUUGUUACUUGACACUUCCAUUACCCAUGAAAAAAGAACGCACUUUGGAAGUUUAUUUAGUUAGAAUGGAUCCACUUACUAAACCUAUGCAGUACAAAGUAGUUGUUCCGAAAAUUGGAAAUAUACUGGACCUUUGCACAGCACUGUCAGCUUUGUCUGGUGUUGCUGCAGAUAAGAUGAUAGUUACUGAUAUAUACAAUCAUAGGUUCCACAGAAUAUUUGCUAUGGAUGAAAAUUUGAGUAGUAUUAUGGAACGCGAUGACAUCUAUGUAUUUGAAAUCGCUAUCAACAGAACAGAGGAUACAGAGCAAGUCAUAAUUCCUGUUUGUUUAAGAGAAAAGUAUAGACACACCAGUUACAGCCACCAUAGUGGUUCUUCGCUGUUUGGUCAACCUUUUCUUAUAACAGUGCCUAGAAACAAUACUGAAGAUAAACUGUAUAACCUUCUGCUGUUGAGAAUGUGCCGAUAUGUGAAAACAUGUACUGAAAGUGAAGACACUGAAGGAUCCCUACACUGCUGUAAAGACCAUGGUAUCAAUGGUAAUGGCCCAAAUGGAAUACAUGAAGAAGGAUCCCCAAGUGAAAUGGAGACAGAUGAACAAGAUGACGAAUCCAGCCAGGAUCAGGAACUUCCUUCAGAGAAUGAAAACAGCCAAUCAGAAGACUCAGUUGGAGGAGACAAUGAUUCUGAAAAUGGAUUGUGUACUGAGGAAACUUGCAAAGGUCAACUACUUACGGGACACAAAAAACGAUUGUUUACAUUCCAGUUCAACAAUUUUGGCAGUACUGACACCAACUAUAUCAAAGAUGAUACCAGAUAUAUUAGAUUUGAUGAUAGGCAACUUAGGCUUGAUGAAAGAUCUUUUCUUGCUUUGGAUUGGGAUCCUGAAAUGAAAAAAAGAUACUUUGAUGAUAAUGCAGCAGAGGAUUUUGAAAAGCAUGAAAGUGUGGAAUAUAAACCUCCAAAAAGGCCCUUUGUGAAAUUAAAAGAGUGCAUUGAACUCUUUACAACAAAGGAGAAACUAGGUGCUGAAGAUCCAUGGUAUUGUCCAAACUGUAAAGAACAUCAGCAAGCAACCAAAAAGUUAGAUUUGUGGUCACUGCCCCCAGUACUGGUAGUACAUCUAAAGCGCUUUUCUUACAGUAGAUAUAUGAGGGACAAGCUGGAUACACUGGUUGGUUUUCCAAUAAAUGACUUGGAUAUGUCAGAGUUCCUUAUUAAUCCAAAUGCAGGGCCUUGCCGCUAUAAUUUGAUUGCUGUGUCCAACCACUAUGGAGGAAUGGGAGGAGGGCAUUAUACUGCUUUUGCAAAAAAUAAAGAUGAUGGAAAAUGGUACUACUUUGAUGACAGUAGUGUAUCAACUGCAUCUGAGGACCAAAUAGUGUCCAAAGCAGCAUAUGUACUCUUCUACCAGAGACAGGACACUAUCAGUGGAACUGGGUUUUUCCCUCUUGACCGGGAAACUAAACAAGGUGCUUCAGCUGCCACAGGCAUCCCAUUAGAGAGUGAUGAAGACAGCAAUGAGAAUGAGAAUGAUAUAGAAAAUGAAAAUUGUAUGCACACUAACUAAUAGAAGACCUAGAAGCCAUAAAAAGAAAGACUUUCUCACUGGAGAUAUCUAUUGAAAGAAUGAAAUUGCCCACCAAAUUAAAAAUAAAAUCUGAGAUGGGGAAUUUCAGAUAACAGAAUGUAAAUCCUUUAUUGCAUUUUAAUAUGUGCAGUACUUGAAGUGAAACACAAUGAAAACUUAAACAGAAAUUGUCUCUAAUACAUUUACAGUCUUGUAUUCACAAGCUAUCUAUAGGAUAUCACAAAUAAACCCCUUUUAAGUUUUCUGCUACUGUUUUGAUGAAUUAUGUUUUCUUCAUUUGGGAUGUGAGUUAACUAAAAUGUUAAAUUUGUGGACUUUGGUCAUUUAUUUUCUUAGUAUUACAAGAAUACUACGGUGGAGAGACUAGUUUUUGGAUGAUUUUAUUCAUGUAUAUUAGGCUGUCACAUGUACUACUAUUAUUUAGCUAGUACAUGUGGCAUAAAUAUGAGAAGUAGUAUUCCUGAAACACCAAAUUUUCAAGUUUCUCCCUAGAAAUUAAUGUUGACCAAUUUUAAACUCAAUCAUGAUAGAAGAAAAUAUCUUGAAAAGGUGUUUUAACCUUUUGUGGUAUAGUUAAACAUCCAGAAUAUUAUGUUGAUCUUAUUGCUGCUGUGGAACAGGUUCUGGAUUUCAUGCUGAAUUAACAAACGUUUUUCAAUUAAAUGUAAGUAUCCCUUGUUGCUUGUUGGAUCUACUCUGUUGACAUUAUAAUUCCUGUUACCUUGCUUAUAAGCCAUGCAUAACUUUAAUCUGGUGUCACUCCAAAAUUUAAAAUUGUGCUGUAAGUCAUCCCCCCACUGUGGGAAGUUUGGCAGCUUUCAAACUAUUUUGUAAUAGGGACAGAUUUAAUAGUAUUCUGUAUCCAUAGUAAUGACUUUGUGUCAGGCUUAGAUAAAAGAUUUUUUUCCAUAUAACUUGCCUUUAAAUUGUGAAUGAACAAUUGGUUUUAAAGGUAGGUCUGUUAAUUUUCUUUGUGUGUUCCUGAUGGAAUUCACCAUAGCCUUACAGCUUAUCUCAAAAGGUAACUUAUUAUAGGAGAAUUGGCAUUUGCAUGUUCAAGAGUCAGAACCUGUACAGUAUAUAAAGCAUACAAACCUUGAAUUGGAUUUUAGUUAACCAUGUUCAAGGAUCCAGGAUGCCAAAAAUAAGUGAGACAGUUUGAAACAUUUUUAAUUUGCUGCUUUCCCUUUGAUCUAGUUGGACGAAUGUAUUGUUGAUUUGUAUACAAUACUGCCUUUGAUAGGAGCUCUUAAGUGUGGGGGCACACUUCACAUAUCUACUACCUGAAGAAUUGCUUUGUGUCCCACUGUUAUGAAAAGCAAAAAGUAUGAUGUUCUUCACUUGAACUAAUCAAAUACAAUAGGUUAUAAAUUGUGUAUUGUAAAUAAAAGUUCACUCUGUGAGUGCA